UCAAAGUUUAAAACAGACAUGCCCGUCCUUCCUAAUUGCUUGUAUUUAAGGACACAACACCACCAAAUCUAAACUUGCUGCUGCUAAAAACUUGAGCUGAGCUUCAACCUGUGUGCAUGUGAGAAAGGUUUAUUAAGAAUGCACAGUGAGAAGAUUGCAGCCAGGUAUUAUGUUGGGAUUGAUGUUGGCUCAGCGAGUGUUCGAGCAGCUUUGGUCGAUGGCUGUGGGACAGUGGUGGCACAUGCGGAGCAGCCCAUCCAAAUUUGGGAGCCCCAGCCAGACCACUAUGAGCAAUCCUCUGCAGACAUCUGGGCUGCCUGCUGCUCAGUCACAAAGAAGGUUGUCUGUGGAGUGGAUGCUGCCCAGAUUCGAGGGGUUGGUUUUGAUGCUACAUGUUCUCUUGUUGUUCUGGAUAAACAGUUCCAACCUUUGGCAGUCAACUGUGAAGGACAGAACCAUAGGAAUGUUAUUAUGUGGAUGGAUCAUCGUGCAGUGAGUCAAGUCGAGCUCAUCAAUGCAACACAACACAGAGUUUUGAACUAUGUAGGGGGAGCAAUGUCUGUGGAAAUGCAACCGCCUAAACUGCUGUGGAUAAAGGAGAACUUGCAGGAAUCCUGGGAGAAGGCAGGCUACUUCUUUGAUCUUCCGGAUUUCUUAUCUUGGAAAGCCACAGGUGUCACUGCAAGGUCCCUCUGUACAGUCGUGUGCAAGUGGACGUACACGUCAGACAGGGGUUGGGAUGACAGCUUCUGGAAAAUGAUUGGUUUGGAAGAUUUGGUGAAGGAUAAGUAUGAAAAAAUAGGAAACCACGUCUUGUCUCCUGGAGAGGCCGUUGGAAAAGGUCUAACGCCAGAAGCUGCCAAAGAUCUGGGUCUCCCCGAAGGGAUUGCAGUGGCAGCAUCUCUCAUUGAUGCACAUGCUGGAGGACUAGGAGUAAUUGGAGCAGAUGUGAAAGGACAUAACCUGCCAUGUGAGAACCAGCCGAUUACAUCCCGAGUUGCAAUGAUCUGUGGAACAUCUUCGUGCCACAUGGGGGUCAGUGAAAAACCCAUUUUUGUUCCUGGUGUUUGGGGACCAUAUUUCUCUGCAAUGGUACCUGGACUGUGGUUGAAUGAGGGAGGUCAAAGUGCUACAGGAAAGCUGAUUGAUCAUGUGGUCCGAGGCCACGUCGCCUUCCCGGAAUUACAGUCAAAAGCUGCAGCCAGUGCUCACAGCAUAUAUACAUACUUGAACAGUCACCUGGAUCUGAUUAAGAAAUCUCUGCCUGUGGGUUUCCUCACUGUUGAUUUACAUGUUUGGCCAGAUUUCCAUGGUAACAGAUCUCCCUUAACAGAUCUGACACUAAAGGGCAUGGUUGUUGGACUGACAUUGUCCCGGGGUCUGGAUGAACUUGCCCUUAUCUACCUGGCCACGAUCCAAGCCAUUGCUUUAGGAACAAGACAUAUUUUGGAAACGAUGCAGGCUGCAGGACAUGAUAUCAACACGCUGUUUCUGUGUGGUGGGCUGAGCAAGAACCCUCUCUUUGUGCAGAUGCAGGCUGACAUUACUGGGAAGCCUGUUGUCCUGUCCAAAGAGGUGGAGUCUGUUUUGGUGGGUGCUGCUAUUCUUGGAGCUUGUGCUUCUGGGGAUUUUGCAUCUAUACAGGAGGCCAUGGCGAAAAUGGGGAAAAUUGGGAGAGUUGUGCAGCCCAAUCACGAGCACAAAAGAAGGGGAACCACCAUGUCAUCAGCUGCUCCAAGUAUCCUGCAGAGAGGCCCAGGCUUCACAUCAAAUGGAGAAGACAAGCAUAUAGUGGUUCCAAAGGAGCAAACAGCAACUCUGAGGAAAAAAAUCCACAUGAGACACACCCAGGUAAAAGAUUCUUUACAAGGCAAGAGUCAGGAACAGCAACAUGUCAUACAGUGUGGGGUUUUCCUUUGUGACUGUUGUGUUUUGUUUGCACUCACAGACCAGUUGUCUGGGCCCAUGGCUGUGUUUAUCCCUAAAUCCCCAUCCAGUCUGUAUAAGCCCAGUCUGGCACCCAGCUUCCAGCAUCCCCUUGAGCUUUUGCAUUUGCCAGCCAUCACACCUCACUUCAGGAACUGCUUUGUCCCACUGGAUCCAGAUCCUGUCUGGUGAUCCAGUGGCUGCACUGCUGUGUCUGUGCUCCAUCCCAGUGAGGUGGACAGGGCAUUGAUGGGUCCCAGAGUUCUCCAAGGCCUUUCACAAAAGAACCCUGUGGAAAUUAAGAUUUGAUGCACGUUGAAUCCUUUGUUUGGUAGAGGAAAGGAAGGGCUCCUCUGAAGUUGACCUAUUUGUGCUUUGGUGCAUUUUUCAUAAAAUAGACAAAAUCCUGUUUUAAUCCAGCUCACUCCACAACCUUCUGAGGGAGCCUGUAGGUUUCUCUAAAAUACCUCUGUGGUUAUUGUUAAUUAGAAAAAAAUAAUAUUGCUCAAGGAUCGCUUUUCAGUUGAACUUCCUGAACAUAUGGUUCAAACUGAAGCUGAAAAGGAAAACUUCAGGACAAACUGUAUGAAUUACUACUAAUAAUAAAAUCAGACAUUUUUUAUAAGUCCACAUUAAUCUUCCUUAAAAGCUUUGGGUCGACCACAUUUUUUAAAUAAAACUUUUACCGGAGCGGAAUUUAUUAAGAGAGCUCAGCGUUGCCUUAGCUCUGAUCCACAGGGCAUCAAGAGAAGUUUUAUUGCUGAUUUCAGUCACAGCAGACUUAGAUCUACACUGAAUGGUUUUGAUAAGCCCAAUGUAAAGUUUUAUUGGUUUAAGACAUGAAAAACAGACGUUACAGAGAGCACUUCUACUCUAUAAACACAGUCAUAACAUGUAUAAUGCUUUGCAAGGAGUCAGUGCUUUAGAGUGUAAAUAAUGGUGUGUGGAGGAAAGUAAAGCCUGGCUAAACACAUACAACUAACAAAACCAAUAUAGACCAAGCUUGUACAUGGUACUCCUCCUCUGCAGAUCUCAAAAUUAAAUACAAAUAGUCUGUAUCAUUAGGUCAUACUCACAGAUGGGAAAGGGAAAAUUAACCAGACCAGGAAAGAGGGAAGUUGAUGCUCUUUGUUGUUAUGUCUGUCCUUGUACUUGAAACUAUAACUACUGUGGUAUUAUUUGAAACACAUUUUGAGGCCAUGUGCUCAUUGUUUGUCCUGGAAGAGUUCUAUUCAAAGCCGCCUUUUCCUGUAUGUUAUAAAACAGUGUUAGAAAAACAUGAAACAACAUAAAAUAUUACACGGUGUCUCUCCUGAGGUGUCCUGGCUGUUGGUGAUCCACUGAUGCGUCGUGGUCUUGGAGGAUGGUGAUGCUGGCAACGGUGACAAGGGGCUGUGCUGUGUGAGCAUCAUUUCAAUCUAGGGGAAAAGCACAUUUCCUAAAGACAAAAAUGUGUUUUUAUUGCACCUGCAUUGCACCUUGUUCUUCCUUGUAAAUAUAACUUGCAGUUGCUCUAAGGUUGUGGUUCUGGCUCCAGUGGUGCAGAAUGUGGGCCUUAAAAUCCUGAAAUCCCGUUUAUAAAUGGAAUUAUGAACAUAACUCCCUCCAAUGUUCUAUGCUUCAUCCUUAUAUUCACUUGGAAUAACUAUUGAAAUGCUGUAAUCCCAACCAUAUGGCUCAGAGCCUCAGAGAAGGCAUUUAGCAGACACCUUUAUCCAGAGAAUUAUGGUUUUACAUAGAUUACCAGUGGCUGGAGAUGCUCUGGGGAAAGAAAGGAGCCCACAUCAGGGGCAGCCUUGACAGAAGGACCCUCUAAAUCUGAUCUGUCCCUUUCCUGUUAAACAGAUCCUGGGCUGGAAUAAACACUUACUGAGCAUGUAAUGAGAUGUCUUUGAACAUUUUUCCCCUAUAUGGCCAGAAAGAUUUACUUAAAAAGCAGUAAACAGAUUUAAAAAGGCUUUAUACAUUGCUAGAAACUAACUUACUGAACUGUUUAAUAUGGACCUUCCGUGAUUUUGUUUGUUUAGAAAACUUUCAUGGGGCUGCAAAGCAUUGUAAUUAUGCCUGGAUCACUUCUGCUUUAUUUUAGGCAGAACCAGACCUAAGACUGGUGUGUCUUACUCCUGAUUUUCACCAAUAUAAAUUAGUUUUAUGGAAUAGCUGAAUUUUUAUGCUGAUGAUUAAAAAGACAAGCUGUCUUCUGAGAAUUGAGUUCAUGCUUUCACAGUUACAAAUGUGUGAUUAUUGGACUGUUGAUUUUUAUAAUAGGUUGGGGGUUUUUUGCAUAGUUGAAUACAAAUUUUGUAAUUUUCUGGUGCAUUUUACCCAUUCCACAAAUUUGUGUUGUAAUUUAACAGUAUCCUAUGAGAGGAUCUAUUACUUCUUGUCAUCCUAAGACUUCUUGGGCAUUUCAAAAGUGGCACCUUGUAAUGUGAAAGCAAUGAGCAAAUAAAAAUUUGCUGGGGCAGCUGGAGGCCCUGUGAUUACUGGGUUGCCAAAUUUGGAGUGAUUCCCGGAAGAGUAGUAGUACAGAGUCUUCAAUAAAUUAGUAAUUUGAUUGACAUAUUCAGUUCAUUAAUAAUAAUUUACUGUGGUUAGCAGAACAUCACAGAAGAACAAAUGCCACACAUAACUGUUACUGCUUCCCCCCCUCCUUUUAGUCAUGUCAGUCACUUAAAUGUACUGAAAUAAAGUCCAGUGCAUUCUCUGCCUUCCUUGGGUGGCAGAACAGGAUUCUUAGUGUGUACCAUUGGCUGGGUAGCAAAAAGAUCCUUUACUUAAGUAAAUUAAUUGCUUCCAAACAAUCCAUCCCUUUGCUUAGCAAAGUCUGAAAUUAGUAAUAAUAUUAAGCUUUGGUUUUGGAGUUGGAAGAUAAGAAUUCUAUAAGCCUCUGAAAUGAUAAAGAGGCAUUCUCAAAUGCAAAGUGUAUUAUCAUGUGUUCCAUUGCCAUAGCCACGAUGAGAUCAGUCUUUGAAGUCAGAAAUUAAAUACCUGAUUGGCACCUGUCUACAUGACAGAUCAAUGAAUGCACCUCCAAGUUCUGACUUUUUUACAGAAUAGUGGGAAGAACCAGAUGACUGGGAAGAUUCAAGCUCAUUUGAGAACAAAGUGGGUUUUUUAAUUAGUUUUUCUAAUAUAAUAAUUCUAAGAAAGAAGAGAAAGAUCAUUGUGUAGGUCUGCCAGGUGAGUGUUGAGAAACCAGGUCUCUUGCCAGAGCCAUGUCUAAAACUAUGUCUAAACUCAUUCAUCAAAUGAAUAAUUUCAAAUCAGCACCGUUGAUACCAAUCUUUCCUCCUAGAAUGAGGAUCUGUAAAUAAGAGGAACUGGAGGUUUCAAAACAAAGUGCCAGAACGUGGACUCAAUGAUCUGAGAGGGCUUUUCCAACCUAAACAAUACUAUGUUUCUGUAACUACUGGAAAAGAAUCUUUCUCGUUUACUGUUUGUGAAGUUAUAAAUGUAUUUGUUUCCGAUUCUCAAAAGAAGAAUUUCAGAUGUGGAAGGUCUUUCCAUUGUAUUCAGAUUUUCUUCUCCCUGCACUUAUAAGAUUCUCUCCUGAUGAGAUAAUAACCACACAGUAGCAAAGCUGGGAUGGCCAUGUAGGAGUAACUAAGCCUCAGGAUAGUCCAGGACACCGUGAGGUGAACUCCAGGCAAAGAGGCUUUUUUAAAUUCAGUGCUACCUGAAAUUCAUCCAGCACGUCCCACUCCUGUAUUUUGAGUUCCCUGCAGGACUGAGGGUAUUUGCAGAUCCAGAAGAGCAUUAUUUCAGGUAUAAGCUGUGGUGGUUUCUCUCAGCUGGCACUGCCCCAGAGCUGUGUUUACAAACACUGUACACAUGACAUAAGCCCAUUAGGUAUCUACUCUUUAUUUUUGCACAGUAAUAACACACACAUGUCUUUAGCUUUGUCUCGUACAACAAAGGGAACAAAAUGUGUUUCUGAUUAUGCAAUAGAUAUGGAGUCAAGGGAAACCCAGCAUUCCCAGACCAUAACCAAUGGAAAUUCUGAAAGGCUCUCCUGCCCUUUGCAGCCUCAACACGUUGAAACCUCUUGUGUAUUUUGUAUUAGCAUGUGUUGUACAAUAAUUAACUUAUUAUAUGACUCCUAAGGGACAAGUGAUUAUGGUUUAUUUCCAGAUGACUCAUGAGCAAGUCUGCAGAAAGAGAGUUUGUGCUGCUCAGAAGAUAGGAAAAUGAAAUGGUUAGUGUUGCUGAUGAUCCCAGUUCUGGCUGCUGAGCUCAGGCACCGUGCGAAGGCGCUGGAAACUCAUCAGCUUCAGUGCAACGUCCUGUCGAGACCUUGAAAAUGCUUAAGCUCUGCUCCCAGAGCAUUUGAGUUAGGACUACAAAUUACAGCAAAGAGCCAGGCAGUGAUCCUGCUCUGGGUGAACAGUAUAUGCAUAUAUGGGAAGAAAAAAAAUCAUUUAAACCCAGUAUCAUGACACCACAUUUUUUAUUUUCUCAUGAUCUCUGAGUGAAUGAAGCAAAGUGGGAAACUCAGCCAGCUCCUGCAGUGUGACAGAAGAUGCAAAAAAAGGCAGUUCUUUACAUAAGCCUUGGACAUUCUUAUGGAUGCUACAAGUUUCUGAGCCCGACAGGUACUGAGGGCAAGGUGGCCUUGGUUUCACCCAGAAGAGCCAUUCCUUCCCCCAGUUGUAUUAACAGAGCAUUUGGGAGGAAAAAGAGACUUGGGGUCACCUUCAGCAAAGACAUCAGUGGCUUAGUCUUGUCCUGAGUAGAUCAGCUAGGAAAAACAUGCCAAACCUCUCAUUUGUUUUUAAUAGAUUAUAUGCACAUAAUCAAAUUUCUGAUUUAUUGAGUCCAAGCACUUAAAAUGAUGCUCGAGUUGGCUCUGUCCUGGUUAUAAGGGGCCCUCCCAGCUGGAUGUGAUAGAAGGAGAAGACAGAUGAUAUCUGACAUUGCUGUGAGUCUGCCAGAAUUAAUUUACCCCUUCCAAAAUCCUGAGCUGGCCUUUGAACAUUUGAACGAGCAGAUUGAAUUAGAGAUUGCAGGAGUGAUUAUGGCAGUUAGGGUUUGUGUCGUGAGGCUUUGAGUUUUUGAUGGCAUUAAACAGUCUUAACAAAAUAAAAUAUUUAGUGUGACUUUGCGUACAAUGACAGAUUUUUAGGGAGCUUCCUCUCAUGAAGUAGUUCUGUGUCCAAUUGCAAAGAACACAAUUAAAUUUGUCAUUCCUUGUAGCAUUUCAGGCUGGAAACUCUGUGACAGCCCAUAAAAGUGACUAUUUUAUAGCAUUGAUUUUGAUCUUGGUGCCUAUAUAUUGAUGUUUCUAACCCCCAUCUUCUUGGGAGUCCUGCUACAGCAGAAUGGGAUGGUAAAAUAUUUAGUUCACUAGAAGUCAAUUUAAUUCAUUUGGAGGAAAUAAAAAAAAUGCAAACAGCUAAAACCAAACCCCAAGUUCAGCAGCAAAUUAUUCUGAAAAACAGACUUAGAAUUCAAAGAUAGAAUUCAAAGAUCCAGAAAAAACUUCUAACUUUUUCAAGAAUAGAGUCCUUAUGUUGAUAUUGCUUUCUCAGUGAACAGGUGUUCACUGAGGUCACUUUUCCACAGCUGAGAUUUGCAAAGGAAUUCUCCAGGUAGGUACCUCAUCAGGGGCCAGGCUUUGAAACUGUGAUGGAUUUUUGAGACAAAGGAGAUAUUUUCAAAUCUUGACACAUCUUUUGGCUUAAAAUGAAAGCUAAGCAUUUCAGAAAACAAUCGUAGUAGAACGCUGCAAAACCAAGCCCAUUGUACUAAACCCCAGCCAUCAGAUAUGAGACAUUUUUAAUUCUUGCAUGCAAAAGAAAGGCGUGAGGCACUGAUCAGUUUGUUGACUAUGAAGCCAGAAACUCGUGGGUAUAAACCUUUAUCUCUGUGCUACAGCUCAGCUUACAACAUCCUCCAGGUUUACCACAAGGAAAUUUAGCUUUAAAGCAUCAGUGGUGAGUCCAUUCUUAUCAGCAUCUUUGAGGAGAGGGAAUUAAAGUUUAAAGAGCGCUUAGCAGAUUUGAGUGCUAACAAACAUUAAUUCGUUUUUCCAUGAGAAUGUGCUGUGUUUAGUAAAGCAAGCCAUGCUUUGAGGUUUGGAGUUGUCAGGAAGGUGUGACAGUGUGUGACCUCUGGCCAGCUUGCUCUGACAGGUGAGCAGCUGCUCAGGGUCUCAGUUACAAGGCCAACUAAGAUGACCAGGGAGGAGACACUGGACAGCUCAUUAUUUGACAACACAUAUUUAGCCUAAUUAUAAGCAAAUUCUAAACAUGACAUUUUAAAGGGAAGAAUUGAUUCAUGCAGAUUUUCCAAAAGUAAUCUAAUGAUAAAGUAUAAAUAAAACUUCAAUUAUUUAUUCAUAAUCAGUCUAAUGAACACUUUUUAGAGUGCUCCAGGACACCUGUGUGAUGUUUGGCUUAUCAUUCCCCUUUCCAGAAAUGUUUGAGAGGAGUUGACAGUGUUGGUGUACAAUCAUUCAGCAAGGCCAAUUAUGCCUUAUUUGUCAAUUAUUAACUUAGUUGCCCAAUGGCAAGGGGCUGACAGGUUUUCUAAAUUAUAUCUAUGAAAGAAAUGUACUUUUUUCCAUCUCAAAAUAAAACGCUCCCUUUCUAAAUCUUCUCCUCCAAGAUACACUUAACAUCUUGAAAAGAUACCUGAACCUAAUAAAAAAAAAUUUUGUUCCUAUUUUUAAAUAUUAACUUGAUCAAGGGCACACUGCAGGUAUUUUGAUCACCUGAUAGAGUAGCAGCUUAUCAGUGCUGUUGUGAAACAGCCCUAAAACUUGCCAGACACUUAUGGUGCU